CCUGCCAAGUAGACUAACUGAACUUUAAAUUAAAUAUUAAUUUUUUUCUUAAUAAUCAAUCUUUUUGUACCAUUCCUCUCGCGAUCAAUAGUGUCCUUCACGUAACUUAAACUGAUUAAUAAUAACAAAAUUUACACGAAAUAUAAUGCCGGGACGAAUGCUUUUUCGAUACACUCGUGAAGAGGUGGCGAAACAUAAUACAACUUCAGACCUAUGGAUUAUUCAUAAUAACAAAGUUUAUGACGUGACAGAAUUUGCAAUGGAUCACCCAGGUGGUCCAGAGUUAAUUAAAGAAUGGGGAGGCAAAGACGUGACGAAAACUUUAAUUGACCCAAUUUCACACGAGCAUUCCGAAACUGCAUAUGAAAUUUUAGGAGAUUUGUGUAUAGGAGAAAUAGUUGAGGGACCUAAUAACAAUAAUUCUUUGAAUUCAAUGGAUAAUAAGAUUUUUACUACUCGUCGAUUUGAUGAAAAAAUUGAUCAAUUUUAUCCCGAAAACACUGAUGUUAAUAUUGAUCUCCAGAAAGAAAAAUUUCUUAACCUUAAUAGACCAUUAUUUGUUCAAAUGUUUAAUUGUAAUUUUAGUAAAGAAUUUUACCUUAAACAAAUUCAUCAACCACGACAUCUUCCAUAUUCAGCAAAAUUAUUUGAGAACCCUUGGUUAGAGUUAUUAACAAAAACUCCAUGGUAUGCGAUUCCAAUAGUGUGGCUUCCAAUAGUAUCAUAUCAUAUAUUCAUGGCAUCAGAUUUAGGAUCAAAACCUGUUAGUAUAUUAUUUCUUAUUGGAAUUGUAAUGUGGACUUUAUUGGAAUAUGGAAUUCAUAGAUUUUUAUUUCACGUUGAUGCAAUUUUACCUGAUCAUCCUUAUGCUCUUUGUGUGCAUUUUACUUUGCAUGGAAUACAUCAUUAUUUGCCAAUGGAUAAGCUUCGUCUUGUAAUGCCACCAGUUCUUGGAUUUGCUAUUGCAAUUCCGAUUAUACAGAUUGUAUAUUCGAUUUUUCCAGUUUCAAUUGGACAUGGUUUAAUUGCAGGAGCAGUGUUUGGUUAUAUUUGUUAUGAUUUAACUCAUUAUCAUCUCCAUCAUGCUAAACCAUUUGGUAAACACUUGAGGGAAAUGAAGACUUAUCAUUUGGCUCAUCAUUAUAAGAAUUAUGAAUUAGGUUAUGGAAUUACAAGUAAAAUUUGGGAUACUUUUUUUGGAACACUUUUGGAAUAAAUAAAAUCACUUUUGGAGCAAAUUAAAGUUUACUGAUGGUGAGUCUUGGUUCAUUUUUACAAAAGCAUUUAUUAUUAUUUUUUUUUUUUUCAAAAGGAUCGAAACGUUAAUUAGGUAAAAUAAUACGUAAUUUAGAAUUUAUUAUGUAUUUGUUGUAUAUUUGCUAAGAGCGUUAUAGACUUAUUAAUAAUUAUUUAUAAAUUUGUUCUCAUGAAUUUGAGGGUGAAUCUGAGGGUGAAUCUGAGG